AUGCGUUUCGCUCCGAUCCUCUUCAACUUUGUUGCCGGCGUCUCUGCCAUUGACAUUUGGCUCAACUGGGAUGCCACCGACUGUCGCGGAAAGAACAGUGUCCACUGUGCAAACAUCCCGACCGGUUGGAACAUUCGAGCCACCGGCCAUCAGGGCAGCCAGUGUGGCAACAUCAUCUCGUCACAGGCCACCUUCGGCCAAGACACAUCUGUCUGCAUGUCCUUCGGGGGAUACGGCGGUGGCGGCUAUCACUUCAUCAACGACCGAAGACGCUCCGUUCGUGCCCGAGAGGAUUGUGCCGAUGUUGUGAGGCCCUCCAUCGUCUCCUUCGGCGGGGUCAAAUUCAACCUUACAAGCUUGGACGAAGCUUCUUAUCUCGAAAUGGAAGACCUGGCGAUGAUUCUAUCCUUCUCUUUGGACAUUCCUGUCGACAUCGCGGCAGCUGACAGGGACCUCGAGGAUGUCCCUGAGAAGUUCCACGUGUACAAGAUGGAGUAG